AUGAGUUAUAUGCUAGGACACUUACAUAAUGGAUGGCAAGUUGAUCAGGCUAUUCUUUCUGAAGAAGACCGUGUUGUUGUGAUUAGAUUUGGGCAUGACUGGGAUCCCACUUGUAUGAAAAUGGAUGAAGUUCUCUACAGCAUUGCUGAGAAAGUGAAGAAUUUCGCGGUUAUUUACCUUGUAGAUAUCACAGAAGUUCCAGAUUUUAACAAAAUGUAUGAGUUGUAUGACCCCUGCACAGUGAUGUUCUUUUUCCGAAAUAAACACAUAAUGAUAGAUUUGGGCACCGGCAACAAUAACAAGAUCAACUGGCCUUUAGAAGACAAACAGGAGAUGAUAGACAUCAUAGAGACAGUGUACAGGGGUGCACGAAAGGGCAGAGGUCUCGUAGUGUCACCUAAAGACUAUUCUACUAAAUAUAGAUAC